GCUUGUUUCUUUUGCGCAUGCGUUACUGGGUCGGUGAGGAGGAGUCAUUUCCUGCGGCGACGCUGAGGAAGAAGCGAGGUUGAUUGAAAGGAGAGAAAGAGAAUCCCGCUUUAUACCUACAUACACAGUAACCAUUGCUGUCAGCUACCUGCAACACUAAAACCGCGCCACAGCGAAGACCCCGACAGGACUUGCCGUGCUCUUCCGUACUGACAUGCCGAAGAAUAAAGGAAAGGGAGGUAAAAAUCGGCGACGUGGUAAGAAUGAGAACGAAUCAGAAAAGAGAGAACUGGUGUUCAAAGAAGAUGGGCAAGAAUAUGCUCAGGUGAUCAAGAUGCUGGGUAAUGGGAGGCUGGAAGCAAUGUGUUUUGAUGGUGUGAAGAGGCUGUGCCACAUCAGAGGAAAACUAAGAAAAAAGGUUUGGAUAAACACAUCAGAUAUUAUAUUGGUCGGAUUGAGAGAUUAUCAGGACAACAAAGCUGAUGUCAUUCUAAAGUACAAUGCAGAUGAAGCCCGAAGCUUGAAAGCAUACGGUGAACUUCCAGAACAUGCUAAAAUCAAUGAAACAGACACGUUUGGACCUGGUGAUGAUGAUGAAAUUCAGUUCGAUGAUAUUGGGGAUGAUGAUGAAGAUAUCGAUGAUAUCUAAGUUGGACUGUUUAUCCCAUUGUCUUACAAGUGUGAUUCUGCACUUGCUGUGGGAUUACAAGCAAGGACUGGCUCUCAGCAAAGCAACCUGAAUCAGGAUCAGUUUCCUACACAUAGUAACACAAUGAUAAAAAAAAUAAAAUGCUGUGGAUGGUUUUAUGUACUUCAAUUCAUUUUCAGCAUUUGUUUUAAUGCAUUUGUAUUUCUCUCAAUAGAAUUUGAAUUUAGGAUAUAUAUAUAUAUAUAUAUAUAUUAAAACAAAAACACGCAGAAGUGUCUGAAUUUACAAUAAAAAGUCAAACACUUGUUUUUCAGAUUUAUAAUUUUAUUUUUUUGUAAAGUAUCUGUGCUUCAAGGCAUUUUGUCCAAUUAUUUUGUUUUGGUUAUAAAAAAAAAAAGUGACUGUAGGAUCUUCCUAUUGUCCAUGCUGCGAGGGCUUCACCAUCUUGCCCAUAGAUUUGAUCUUUGCAAUGACAGCUAGUCACUGCUGGAUGGUUUCGCCCCACCACCUUGAAUUUCUUUUGAGCAAUGCCCUUCAAUAAAAUCGAUAUGAACCGUUUUUAA